AUGGUAACUGAGAUUUCUGGGAACCCUGAUUCUGAAUCAUCUAAGGACACAGGAGGCUACACUAUUGGCUUUUCCAUGACUAGUGAAUGCCAACAACUUAUUUGUGAGAUUCUACGAGCAACUCCUGAAGCUGCAUCUGCUGAUGCUGCUAUUCAAACAGCUAGACUUGCAAAUAAGGCUCCUUCAAAAGAAAAGGGGGAUAAGACAGAAGAUGGCCUUACAUUCGCCUUUCGCUUCACUGAUGCUUCAGUAUCCAGCCAAGGUACAUGA